AUGGGCACAGCGGGUGUACAGACCCAGGAACUCAGCACAGCGUUGGUGGGAACCCCUCAUAAUGGGCACAGCGGGUGGACAGACCCAGAAACUCAGCACAGGGAUGGUGGGAACCCCUCAUAAUGGGCACAGCAGGUGUGCAGACCCAGGAACUCCGCUCAGGGAUGAUAGGAACCCCUCAUAAUGGGUGCAGCAGGUGUGCAGACCCAGGGACUCCGCUCAGGGAUGGUGGGAACCCCUCAUAAUGGGUGCAGCAGGUGUGCAGACCCAGGAACUCUGCUCAGGGAUGGUGGGAACCCCUCAUAA